AUGACUGCACCGCUGGCAGCUCAGCUCAAGGGCCUUCUUUCGAGCCCGACAAAUCACCGCAUCCCCUCCAUCUCAUCCGUUCAGGCUUGGCCAACACAAUGGGGGCUCCUCGCGGCCUCCUCAUCCUCGGUGGCGGCCAACGGCUACAGGGUCGCCGUCACGUCGCGCUCGCCGUGGCCGCAGAGCGAUGUCGGCGCCGGCCUGCACAUCCUGUCGGACCCGUGCCCUGUGCCGUCCAUGUUGCAGAGGGCGCUCGGAACGCCCAGCGUGGUCGUGUACAACGGUAGCACUCCAGCAACUCCAGUGAUGCUUUUGACCCAGGUGAGCCGCUCCAACAGCACGACGUAG